CAUCCCGGUGCCGCAGGAGAGAGGAAGCGCGCCCCGGCCCUCCUCGCCAGCCUUCGCCCGGGCGCCCGCCAGAGCCUUCUCAGCCGCAGAGACCGAGCACCUGUCCUCCACCUCGGCCUCAGCUGAGCCCCUUCCUCCGGAGCACACACCAUCUCUGCCACCCAAGAAGUACCAAGCCCCACGCCGGCGACCACCAUGGCGGAGACCAACAACGAAUGUAGCAUCAAGGUGCUCUGCCGAUUUCGGCCCUUGAACCAGGCAGAGAUUCUGCGGGGGGACAAGUUCAUCCCCAUUUUCCAAGGGGACGACAGCGUCGUUAUUGGGGGGAAGCCGUAUGUCUUUGACCGCGUAUUCCCCCCAAACACGACUCAGGAGCAGGUUUAUCAUGCAUGUGCCAUGCAGAUCGUCAAAGAUGUCCUUGCUGGCUACAAUGGCACCAUUUUUGCUUAUGGACAGACAUCCUCAGGGAAAACACAUACCAUGGAGGGAAAGCUGCAUGACCCCCAACUGAUGGGAAUCAUUCCUCGAAUUGCCCGAGACAUCUUCAACCAUAUCUACUCCAUGGAUGAGAACCUCGAGUUCCACAUCAAGGUUUCUUACUUUGAGAUCUACCUGGACAAAAUUCGUGACCUUCUGGAUGUGACCAAGACAAAUCUGUCUGUGCACGAGGACAAGAACCGGGUGCCAUUUGUCAAGGGUUGUACUGAACGCUUUGUGUCCAGCCCUGAGGAGAUUUUAGAUGUGAUUGAUGAGGGGAAAUCGAAUCGUCAUGUGGCUGUCACCAACAUGAAUGAACACAGCUCUCGAAGCCACAGCAUCUUCCUCAUCAACAUCAAGCAGGAGAAUAUGGAGACUGAGCAGAAGCUCAGUGGGAAGCUGUACCUAGUGGACCUGGCAGGGAGUGAGAAGGUCAGCAAGACUGGAGCAGAGGGAGCCGUGCUGGACGAGGCAAAGAAUAUCAACAAGUCCCUGUCAGCCCUGGGGAAUGUGAUCUCCGCACUGGCCGAGGGCACUAAAACCUACGUCCCAUAUCGUGACAGCAAAAUGACCCGGAUUCUCCAGGACUCCCUGGGAGGAAACUGCCGGACCACUAUGUUCAUCUGUUGCUCACCAUCCAGCUACAACGAUGCAGAGACCAAGUCCACCCUGAUGUUUGGGCAGCGGGCAAAGACCAUUAAGAACACUGCCUCAGUGAAUCUGGAGUUGACUGCCGAACAGUGGAAGAAGAAAUAUGAGAAGGAAAAGGAGAAGACGAAGGCUCAGAAGGAGACUAUCGCAAAGCUGGAGGCUGAGCUGAGCCGGUGGCGCAACGGAGAGAAUGUGCCUGAGACUGAGCGCCUGGCCGGGGAGGAUGCAACCCUGGGAGCCGAGCUCUGUGAGGAGACACCUGUGAAUGACAACUCAUCCAUCGUGGUGCGCAUCGCGCCCGAGGAGCGGCAGAAAUAUGAGGAGGAGAUCCGCCGCCUCUACAAGCAGCUUGACGACAAGGAUGAUGAGAUCAACCAGCAGAGCCAGCUCAUAGAGAAGCUCAAGCAGCAAAUGCUGGACCAGGAAGAGCUGCUGGUGUCCACCCGAGGAGACAAUGAGAAGGUCCAGCGGGAGCUGAGCCACCUGCAGUCAGAGAAUGAUGCUGCGAAGGAUGAGGUGAAGGAAGUGCUGCAGGCCCUGGAGGAGCUGGCCGUGAACUAUGACCAGAAGUCCCAGGAGGUGGAGGAAAAGAGCCAGCAGAACCAGCUUCUGGUGGAUGAGCUGUCUCAGAAGGUGGCCACCAUGCUGUCCCUGGAGUCUGAGUUGCAGCGGCUACAGGAGGUCAGUGGACACCAGCGAAAACGAAUCGCUGAGGUGCUGAACGGGCUGAUGAAGGACCUGAGUGAGUUCAGCGUCAUCGUGGGCAACGGGGAGAUUAAGCUGCCGGUGGAGAUCAGCGGGGCCAUCGAGGAGGAGUUCACCGUGGCCCGACUUUACAUCAGCAAAAUCAAAUCAGAAGUCAAGUCUGUGGUCAAGCGGUGCCGGCAGCUGGAGAACCUGCAGGUUGAAUGUCAUCGCAAGAUGGAAGUGACUGGGCGGGAGCUCUCGUCCUGCCAGCUCCUCAUCUCCCAGCACGAGGCCAAGAUCCGCUCGCUCACGGAAUACAUGCAGAGUGUGGAGCUGAAGAAGCGGCACCUGGAAGAGUCCUAUGACUCCCUGAGUGAUGAGCUGGCCAAGCUCCAGGCCCAGGAAACUGUGAGUGAAGUGGCCCUGAAGGACAAGGAACCAGACACACAAGAUACAGACGAAAAGGUCCUGGAGGUGCAGAUGGAAAGUCACCGGGAGGCCCAUCACCGUCAGCUGGCUCGGCUCCGGGACGAGAUCAAUGAGAAGCAGAAGACCAUUGAUGAGCUCAAAGACCUGAAUCAGAAGCUCCAGUUGGAGCUAGAGAAACUUCAGGCUGACUACGAGAAGCUGAAGAAUGAAGAGCAUGAGAAGAGCACCAAACUCCAGGAGCUGACAUUUCUGUACGAGCGACACGAGCAGUCCAAGCAGGACCUCAAGGGUCUGGAGGAGACAGUUGCUCGGGAACUCCAGACCCUCCACAACCUUCGCAAACUGUUCGUUCAAGACGUCACGACUCGAGUCAAGAAAAGUGCAGAAAUGGAGCCCGAGGACAGUGGGGGGAUUCACUCCCAAAAGCAGAAGAUUUCCUUUCUUGAGAACAACCUGGAACAGCUUACAAAGGUUCACAAACAGCUGGUACGUGACAAUGCAGAUCUGCGUUGUGAGCUUCCUAAAUUGGAAAAACGACUUAGGGCUACGGCUGAGAGAGUUAAGGCCCUGGAGGGUGCACUGAAGGAGGCCAAGGAGGGCGCCAUGAAGGACAAGCGCCGGUACCAGCAGGAGGUGGACCGCAUCAAGGAGGCCGUUCGGUACAAGAGCUCCGGCAAGCGCGGCCAUUCUGCCCAGAUUGCCAAACCUGUCCGGCCUGGCCACUACCCGGCGUCUUCACCCACCAACCCCUAUGGCACCCGGAGCCCUGAGUGCAUCAGUUACACCAACAGCCUCUUCCAGAAUUACCAGAAUUUGUACCUGCAGGCUGCACCUAGCUCCACCUCAGAUAUGUACUUUGCAAACUCCUGUACCAGCAGUGGGGCCACAUCUUCUGGUGGCCCCUUGGCAUCCUACCAGAAGGCCAACAUGGACAAUGGAAAUGCCACAGAUAUCAACGACAAUAGGAGUGACCUGCCGUGCGGCUAUGAGGCUGAGGACCAGGCCAAGGUUUUCCCUCUCCACCAAGAGACGGCAGCCAGCUAAUCUCCCCCGUGGACUGCCGCGUACCUGCACUUUCAGGUAGCUUCGGCUGCUUGCUCUGACCAGCCUCAGGUGGCCUCGUUUCUUGCCCUCAGCCUCUUUGUUUCUCCCGCUUUUUAAAAUCAUCUCAAAACUUUUACUAUAUAGCUGUCCCUCAACUCCUGCUUUCCUGUCCUACGGGAACAUCUGUGCUGCCCCUUGUGCUCUGGACAUUGACCUCCCCUCCCCACUGAUGCUUUCCCUUUGGCCAUAGUAGUAACCACAGUACUGCCUUUCUGCCACUAGGGGUCACUGCCACAUGUCAAAAGAAGCCAGCCAGGGUGGUGUCCCUCCAGAGCCACACACAGGUCAUAGGACCCCAUAGAUGUUAGGAGAGCUUGGGAAAUCAUCUCAACCCUCCCCCUGACUCCACCCUAAAAUACUUUUGCAUGGAAAGGUAUCUUCUGAACUAGGACAUCUCCAGUGAAGAUGUUUGAUUUACUCCCGCGCCUGUGUCCUGUACUCCUCCUGUUUGUAUGUGUCACCAAUAAGCUUUAGGAAAUACCCCGGGAAGUCUAACUUUUUGUUUGUCUAGCUGUAGUGUCAGCACUCCCCUCCCAUCUUGCUCAGCGGAGAUGGGAACAGCUGUGUCCCCACUCCAAGCCCCCCUUCUCCACCUCUGUCCCCAGGUCCUCUCCUCCAGCAGCACAGGCAGCUUCUUGGUUCUUGUGUGUCACCAGGCUUCGCACCAUGCUUCCUUUAGGGCCCAGAACUGGGCACUGGGAUCCUGUUUUAUUGUCCACUUUGGGUCCCUGGAGAACUAGAAACAAGAGAACAUGGCCAGUCUCUUACUGGGUGGCAUCCAAGCACAGCCCUCUCCAGGGGUUUUCCAGAAUAGUAGGCCGGGCGCACACAGGCAGAGUGUGAGAGGCGAAGAAGUCGGAAUGGGGAAGGAAGGGUUAGGGCAGGUCUGGAGAGAGGAGCAGGGCCUGGGGGUCUGGUGUCUGGUUGCUGGUAUUAAAGGAACAGGACUGUAAGCCAAAGUUUGUACAAAUGCCACCCUUUUCCUGUUUGGUGGCUGGGCUGCAAGGCAGUUCCUCACUACCUCUUUCUCUUUCUUUCCCAGUUUCUAAGAGGGACUGAGGCCUCUUCUCUCAGCAUGCUGCAAACCUGUGGUCUCUGAUACUAACUCCCUCCCUGCCCUGUUGUUCGACUGUACCGCGUUUGACGUCUUCUCUUCCUCUGUACCUCUUUGUACUCUGUAUCGAUAUAUCAAAAGCUGCUGCUAUGUCUGUCUGUCCUCUCUGUCUUACUCUCUAGUAUCUAAUGAUGUAUUUAGCAAUUUCUAAGCAUAGUACACCCUCCUCAUUUGGGGCAAUAGGAGGAGGGUGAAUGUUUCUUCUUUCUUUCAUAUAUGCGUCUCUCACACUGAGUGGUGUUAGUCAUGGAGAUGAUAAAAGGAAAAACAGGAGCUAGAGGGCUGUGAUCCUUCACACACUCACACGCACGCACACACACGCACACACACCAAGCCUUAAGCCGAAGAAUGUCGUAGCAUCAUAAGAUACAGAGAUAGACUCCUCCUCCUCUUGCACAUAUAGCACAGGGGAAGGUAAGAUGGAAGGACUGCUCAAUCAGACGUAGAAUUUUCUUCAUACACCCCUCACUUGAACCAAGGGAUUCUGGGUGUGCACCUCUGCCCUCUGACGUCUGCCUUUUGCCUCCCUCUUCCCGUUCCCCUGGACAACCAAGAACGUGGAUUGCUCAAUGGAAUUUCUCCUCAAAAUUACUUGUGAUAUUCUCCACCCCAAAGCUCAUGACCAGAAUCCAGAGUUGCUUAAAAAUAUUUUGCAAAGUUGAGGAGGCAGAUUCUUCCCGACAGGCUGUCAAAUGGUUACUCAUCCGUCCAUGGGGUUAGUUAUAGGCGAGUGUAGUUGAGGUGAUUGCGUCUUAGGCUUUGGGGAGUGAACAGGCUGAGAAGUUCCUAAGGAUUUUUUGCCACAUUGAUGAGCUGAAUUCCUUUCUCUGUCCCAUAUUGGGCUGCAUGUUUCCCCCAUCUGAAUUUUUUGGUUUGGGGGCUUCCAGUUCUUCCUUUCAAGAUGGAGCCUGACUUUUCUCCAAUAUACAUUAAAAAAAUUUCUUUCACAAAGAUUUCCUUCUACAAUGUCCCCCUCUGGUAUUAAGUGCACUUUAAAGAAAGGGGCAGGGCAGAUUUUCCAGAAGUGGAGGAGCCCAAGGGCUUGACCUGGGGCUCUUCCUGCCCUCUCCAGCCCCAUGUAAUUGGGAGGAAUAUUGUUUGGGUUUCCGACAUCCUUUCCUUCCACAUGGUGCUAAGGUGGCUUUCCAGGUAACUGCAGGGGUGGAGAGUGGAGGUCACAAGUUGGUCCAAACCAAGAAAGUAAGUCUGGUGUCCAGAUACCCAGUCUUAUCCAGGAUGAAAGAACAGGGCAGCAGGGCAACCCAUCACCUAGCUUCUCAGUCGGGACAGAAAGCUCAGUGUGAGUGCCAGCUGGUGUUGGCCCAUGACUUCUUCAAGAGAAGAAGUCCCUUCUCCCUUUACCUGUUGGGCCCCUUUUACCAAUUAAGGAGAAAUGCAGGGAAAAAAAUACCAGAGGGGUGUGGAAUAAAUCCAAGGCGGUGAUAGUCAAACAUUUUUCAAAAGAAAUCUUAUAUAGAACCCUGAUAUAAAAAGUACCUAAACGUGAUGCAGACCUGGGCAGUUUGCACUUUCCUUAUUUGGCAGAAAACGCUUCAUUCAUUGAGGAGCCCUUGAACACUCUAAGAGACCCUGAGGGUUCUGUAGAAGAGUUUGGAAACCAGUGUUCUGAGGAAAGGGGUUCAACCUUGCUCCCCUGCCCCAAGCCCACAACUCACAGCAAAGAGGGACAGGGUGGGGACGAUGAGCCACGCUGUCUCCAGACCCAGUCGGAGAAGAAGGAAGACACCUGUGCACCUGUAGACUUGGGCUAAUAUUUGCCAGCAGGGCACCUACAAAUCCGGCGGGCUUUAUGCAAUCUUGCCACCAAGUGAUUCUUUUAAAACACAUAAGAAUGUGAAGGUGCAGGGCAAAUGAGGAGAGAGGUGACAGAGGGAGCGGCCUUCCCUUGAGCAAAAUGUAAGGGAAAUAGAAUUCACUUACAUAAAUAAGAAACAACAUGAUACACACAAAGCCUUCACCAGAAGCUUCAGUCUACAGCCUCCUCCUCCUCGUCCUCCUCCCCCCACCCCUCACCACAUCCCUUUCAGAGAGCCAGGGUCACCACCAGGGGCACCUGGCCUGCCCACUCACAUCUGCCAAAAUGUUGCAUGCCAGCGUGGAAGACAGACCAAACCGCACAACCCCCAGUG